AUGCAGUCCCUGACUGAGGAGAUCCAGAGCUUCUCUCGGACGCGGCUGAGGAAGCAGUGCACACGCGUGACGUCACUGAGCGGCCGCCGCAUCAUCGAGACCUGGAAGGGUUCGACCAUCACUGUGGUGGAAGACCCCGCCCCCCCAGAGAAGAUGCUGGGGUACGUCCCGGACACGUCCUGGGACCUGCAGGUUGGAAUCGUCAAACCCUACCUGCUACUGGGUUCACAGGAUGCUGCACAUGACUUUGGAACUCUGAGAAAACACAAGGUGUCUCACAUCCUGAACGUGGCCUUCGGCGUGGAGAACAUCUUCCCCGACCUGUUCAUCUAUAAGACCGUCAGUAUCCUGGACCUCCCUGACGCUGAGCUGCUGACUCACAUCCAGGAGUGUUGUGACUUCAUCCAGCUGGCCCGCUCAGAGAAGGGCGUGGUGCUGGUCCACUGUAACGCCGGCGUGUCCCGGGCGCCGUCUGUGGUCGUCGGCUACCUGAUGUCAUGUGACGGCCAGUCCUUCGAUGAAGCCCUCUCAUUGGUCAAAUCGUCUCGGCCUGCCUCCUCCCCCAACCCCGGUUUCCUGGAGCAGCUGAGGAGCAACAAGACGCCGACGGUGAACAGACCCAGACGCUGA